AUUCUAGUAUACUUUCCCAUCUUCCCCACCUUCCCUUCUGCCUGUCCGAAACCUUCCCGUCUUCAGCUCUGGAUUUUAGAUCCCUUCUCCUCUCGAAACUGUGAGAGGAAGAUCUAUCAAACGAGCGAGAUGGCUGCUCUCAACCAAAUAACAUCUUCAUCUCGUUCCAGGUUCCUCAAGCCCCUUGCCUCCUUCUCCUCUUCUCAAUCCCUACGCCGCUCGUUCUCCUCACCUGCCGAUGACACUUCUGUCAUCACCGUCGAAACCAGCGUCCCCUUCACCGGCCACAAGAUCGACCCACCCUCCCGCACCGUCGAAACCACCCCAAAGGAACUCCUCGGUUUUUUCAGAGACAUGGCCGUCAUGCGCCGUAUGGAGAUCGCUGCGGAUUCGCUCUACAAGGCUAAGCUCAUCCGCGGCUUCUGUCAUCUCUACGACGGCCAAGAAGCCGUCUCCGUUGGCAUGGAAGCUGCCAUCACGAAGAAGGACUGCAUCAUCACUGCCUACCGGGAUCACUGUAUUUUCCUCGGCCGGGGCGGAACCCUUCUCGAGUCCUUUUCUGAACUGAUGGGUCGUCAAUCUGGUUGCUCUAAGGGAAAGGGAGGCUCUAUGCAUUUCUACAAGAAGGACUCUGGCUUCUAUGGUGGGCAUGGAAUUGUUGGUGCACAGGUGCCGCUCGGCUGUGGUCUUGCAUUCGCGCAGAAGUACUCCAAAGAUAAUACUGUCACGUUCGCUAUGUACGGUGAUGGUGCGGCCAAUCAAGGCCAGUUGUUCGAAGCACUCAAUAUGGCAGCUCUUUUGGAUCUGCCCGCAAUUUUGGUCUGUGAGAACAACCACUACGGAAUGGGGACAGCAGAAUGGAGAGCAGCUAAGAGUCCAGCUUAUUACAAGCGUGGGGAUUAUGUUCCUGGCUUGAAGGUAGAUGGCAUGGAUGCUUUUGCUGUGAAGCAAGCAUGCAAAUUUGCUAAGGAGUAUGCUUUGCAGAAUGGGCCCAUUAUUCUUGAAAUGGACACAUACAGGUACCAUGGACACUCCAUGUCAGAUCCUGGAAGCACCUACAGGACACGUGAUGAAAUUUCUGGUGUGAGACAGGAGCGUGAUCCAAUUGAGAGAAUAAAGAAGUUGAUAUUAUCUCAUGAGCUAGCCACUGAAAAAGAGUUGAAGGAUGCCGAGAAGGAGGUCAGGAAAGAAGUGGAUGAUGCCAUAGCUCAAGCUAAGGAAAGUCCCAUGCCUGAUCCUUCUGAACUGUUCACCAAUGUGUACUUAAAAGGUUUUGGUGUAGAGGCAUUUGGAGCAGAUAGGAAACAUUUGAAAGCUGUACUUCCUUGAAACGGAUCAAAAUUUCUGUGGACAAUUCAACCAAAGUUAGAAGGAAUAAAAGGGGUUAAGUGGCGUUUAUCGACUACUGGUUUUCCCAUUAAUGGAUCCUUUUCAUUUUGUUGUAUAGGAAAUCGAUUCUUCUUAGAUUCCUGCCGAGCCUUUUAAAUUUCGGUUACCAUCGGGAACUUAUUGAACGUGGCAUCCUCAGGAUGCUUGUGUUUUUGGAUACCUUUAAUUUGGUUUUUGGAAUCUGAAAGAUUCUGCUGAAACCCAUCAUCAGUUUGUUUUAAAGGCGUGAGGAGUUAUUAAGAGAUAUGAUUCAAUUGCCUCGACGCAA